UCAAGCUGAGCUCUGAUAGUCAGUCUUGAGCGCUCACUGCUUUUGCCUGGAGGGUUAAGGGUUUUAGUGCUGUGGGAUUUGUGUCAUUAACUCCAAAAGCAGAAGUUGAAACACAGUGUGGUGUAGAGAGAACCAGGAAAUGAUUGCUGGAAAGAGCAGGAAGUAAAAGCAGUCCCAGCCACGGUGAAAAAUGAGUAUUUUUUCUAAAUUAAAUUAGUGGUUAAAUUUCAGAGAGCUGAAAAAUGCUACUCUGACCCUUUUCAGAACAGAGCUGGCUUUAAGUCUCAGGAACUGCAUUUGGCUCUGAUAUUUGAAUUAUGCCAUGAGAUCUUUCUCAGUUGGCUCAAUGUUGGAAUGCACAAACCUGAGAAACAGAGAGAAGAGCUCCUGCCAGCAGUGCUCUGAGUCAGAUUUUCCCCAAGACUGAUAAUCACUGUGGCUGAUCUUGAGGAGCACAGACACGUGUCAGGCAACGAUUCCUUCUGGAAAGUGCUCUGAUACCUGUGAUCUUUCAUCCCUAAAUCUGGAAUUAAUGGAGUGAUUUUCCAGCCAUCUGUGGUAUUUGAUGGUUUGGAUGGUCUGGAAACCUUAAGGCUUUUCCCAGUGCCCAGGUGUACCACGGCGUGGGAAUGACUGCAUAGGUGGGAAGAGGCAUUAUCAGCAGAGGGCUAAAUGGAGCAAGAUGCUCUUAAUUUUACUACAGGUUAAAAAAAGCAUGUCAGAGCAGGUUCUGGGGAAUCCAUGUGUGCAUUUACACCUUGGGAAUUCUGUGUACUGUGCCCUGGCCAGUGCAGGAGCUAACCUGCACCGAUAAAGAAGGGAGUGGAUGAACACCCAUUUGAGUUUUUGUGAUUAGCUGUCUUUGUUCAGAGACUUUUGCUCAGUCAGCCAUUACUCUGGAACAAUUUUUGGGAUGAAACAUUAUUUGGAAAUAUUUGCUUAGGCUUUUGUUUGUAUUUGCAAUACAGUAACUGUUUCCUGUCAAUUCCAAGAAUUCUCUUUUCUGUUUUCCUCUGAAGCUGCUUUUGAUGAGGUUAGUGGAAUUGUUAUGUGUGGAUGGCCUGCAGAAAUGCAAUCAGAUUUCUUCCAUCAGAACAUGAACUGCGUGGCAAGGUUGUCUGGGUGACAGGAGCCUCAAGUGGCAUCGGAGAAGAAUUGACUUACCAGCUGGCAAAGCUGGGAGCCUUGCUUGCCAUCUCUGCCAGAAGGGAGGAUGAGCUGCAGAGAGUGAAAAAGAAAUGCCUUCAGAUUAGCAGCUUGAGUGAAAAUGAUAUCCUUGUUCUGCGUCUCGACUUGACUGACAGAUCCUCUCACGAAGCUGCAACCAACAGUGUGCUCAAGCAUUUUGGCAAGAUUGAUGUUUUGGUCAACAAUGGUGGGCGCUCACAACGCUCCUUGUUCGUGGACACAAACCUGGAUGUUUACAACGCCAUCAUCGAGCUCAACUACCUGGGCACCAUCUCGCUGACAAAGUAUGUCCUGAACCACAUGAUCCAGAGGAAGAAAGGGAAGAUUGUCACUGUGAGCAGUGUGAUGGGCAUCAUGGGAGCUCCUCUUGCCACCGGCUACUGUGCCAGCAAGCACGCUCUGCAGGGAUUCUUUAAUUCUCUGCGGACUGAGCUGACUGACUACCCUGAGAUAAGCGUUAUCCAAAUCUGCCCAGGGCCUGUGCAGUCCCAGAUCAUCCAGAAUGUCUUCACUGAGAAUCUUGCAAAGUCCAUCGAGAACAGCGGGGACCAGUCCCACAAGAUGCCCACAGACCGCUGUGCCCGGCUCACCCUGGUGAGCGUGGCCAACGACGUGAAGGAGGCCUGGAUCAGCGACCACCCCUACCUGGCCGUGUGCUACCUGUGGCAGUACGCACCCACCUGGGCCUGGUGGCUCAUGAACAGGAUGGGCAAGAGGAGGAUACAGAACUUCAAGAGCGGAAUUGAUGCUGAUGCCUCUUACUCAAGGAAGAAGAAGUAAGGAGGAGCGUGCACAAAAUCCUGCUGUACUUGUGCUAAGGCUGAGAAACUUUUCAUAUUGCGUGACUACAAACAGCUUUUUUUUGGUUUUGUUAUGUCUUUGUCAUCCUGUAACUUGACAGAUCUAUUGAGCUGAUGACACACUUGACUAAAUAAAAAUCUCUUUCUAAACACA